AUGACUUUCUUUGUUGACGAGGAUGUGCUGCUAAGCUCGACUCCGCCUAGGAAGAGGCGUUUACUGGAUCGUGGUGAUUCCAUUCGCGACCAACGCACCUCCCCUUCGCCGACCUCCGUUCGGUACCUAAACGUACUCGAUGUGAUGUCCGAUGAGGCCUCUGCACGAGGAUUCCAGAGUCAUAUCAAACGCCCAGCGUUGCCAUCUAUGGAUGAAAACACCAACGUGCGAAAACGCCGCUUCGGUCGCAUUGUCGAGAUCGAAUUCGAGCAUUCGCUGGAGGCGCUCUCAGUCGCCACCUCCGACUUCAACGGGGACGACGAGGAGCCCUGGGGUACCGUCCAGGAGUCGAAGCUGGAUCCUGUUCGCGAAGUGCCCGUGGUAGUCGUGACGGAGGCGUCCUUGUCCAUGUCUCCCGCGGUGUCGGUAUGCAGCUACGAAUCCGGCGACGCCAUCUCGAUCUCCGCUUUCCCUCAACCUCCCAUGCUGUCGUCCGAUAUCCCUUGGUCGGAUUCCACGUUGGAUGAAGUGCGCGCCAUGAGUGCCUUCUGGAGCUAUUCAGCUGGGGAGCUCGAGGAAGACCUGUUUUCUCAACCCAAUGUACCAUUCAUCGCUGUUACAGAGGAGGAGAAUGAGGCUUUAUAUUCGGUCGAAGGCGAUAGCCACCCGGAAGCCGCAGCAAUUACGGGAGGCAUGUCAUUGCCCGACUGUAUGUGCAGGAACAUUGACGAGGACACAUUGGACGCUCGGUCCCCAUUGGUUGUGCUGGAGACAAGUGUCAAACACCGAUCUGCAGAACUAUUAGCAGUGUUGUUCAAGGAAUCGCCACUGCCUUAUCGUCCGCCACAGCGCGACUCGUGCAUUUCCAUAAGCAGUGUUGCCCCUCCGCCCAGAACACGCAAGGAUCUCCGCGCAAUGCUGGGCUCACCAUAUAUUGCACCCGGAACCAUCGAUGAUUCCAAGCUGGAGAUCGCGUCAGGCGGCAGCACUGGGCACAUCGUGACCGACGGCGUAGGCGAUGCCCCAUGCCCAAUCGAACAGGUCGCACCACCUCCGCGCGAAGCGAUGAAGUGGACAAGUUACCGCCCCAGACAGAGUCUAGCCCCUUUCGCUGCAUAUGCAGUCGGUCUUCCGCCUAUCGGCGAAGCCGUUGCCUCCGACACGCCGCCUUCUCUCCCACCCAUCCCAGCCGUUUGGUCGCCUCUUCCAAGCAGUGUUGAUGACGCUGCUACAGCCGCCCUCGAGGAGGAUGACGUCUCCGGACAGUACUCCUUCAUGAAUCAUUCGCCAGAAAUUGCAGACCGCCGAGACUUCGGCGAAGAUACGCGCAAGGCAACCGUACGCCAUCUGUUCAAACGCGCGAUGGAUAAGACCCGCAUGGUCAACCGGUGGAGGAAGCCCAAAGCCGACAUGGUGACCUUCUGA